AUGUCUUCUUACAGUUCUGAUAGCUCCGACGUCACCAGCUCAGCCCAUAGACACAGAACAGCUAGCCCCAUACUCCUAGAUAGCAGCUCUUCAGAUUCCCUCAGCUCUACCCCUUCUAUUUCAUUUGGGCCAGAACCCGCAGUCUCUCCCAAUCCGUCUUCUGUUAGAAUAAUGAACCCAGCCGAGCAACCUGCCCAACCUAUGGUCGGAGCUGCCGAACGGGUAGCUCCAGAUCAGACGGUGGCAGGGACCUCGGAGGGGCCGCAUGGCGACUUUGGGGAAGUCGACACCAUCCCCCCAGCCCUGGAGCAAAAAGAUGUUGACGAGCUGGCGGGAAAAUACGAAAUCCCAGCCCAAUUCGAGCCCAGGGCCGCCCGCCCAGGGGAGGUCGCCAGCCGACCUCCUCCUGGUUUCGUGGCGAUCUACAGGGAUCAGCUGAUGGCUGGUCUCCGCCUGCCCAUCCCCAAUUUCCUCUUCUUUAUCCUUACCUUCUGGGGCAUUCGCAUAACUCAGAUGAAGGUCAGCGGGAAGGUGCCUGGGUGGUUCUACUUUGCCCGACGAAGUGGGGCGAAAACCCCCACCCGCGAGCUGUUCACGGGGGCACCUUCUUCUAUCAAGGACUGGAAGCCCCAGUUCUUCUUUGUGAGGAACUUAGGUUUCCCUCCCCUUACUUGGAGGGCAGAGACUCAAGUCUCAGAUCCCCUUCCGUCCCUGCUCCCCGUGUCCGAGCUUAGCCGCCUACUCAGCUCGGACGCGAAGCUGGACGUGAAGGAACUCAGCAACAACCAGCUCUGGGCGGCGGGGUUGAUCCGAGCUAGCUCCUCGGACCCCUCCUUAGAGGAUAGGCCACUCUCGACAGACGAGCUGGACGCCUUGAAGCGAUUUUCCUCACUUCUGUCCAUCGGUGGCACCAGCAACCCAGGCGCUGCUACGCAGAGUCCUUCGGCCAUCCCAACCAGCUCGGUGCCAGCUCCCAUACCUCAACCAACUCCUGCCCAAUCUUUCAAGGCGGCUGAGGCUGGGAAGAAAAAGAAAAAGAAGACCACUGCCAAGAGAGCUAGGGUGGAAACGCCCUCGUCCCCAGCUCGGGAAGAGAGGUCCACACCUGAGACGGCUCAGGGCGGCCACUACGGCGUGAACUCAGCCGAGGAGCAAGCCCGAGCUGAAGCUCCCCCUAACUUGUGGCAACGUCAGAGCUCCUUGCUCUUCGACCCCCAGACUCGGCUGACGACGCACCAGCACCCCAUGCACUUCUGCCCCCCGUGGAAGCUAUCCAUAAAUGACCGAGCUCAGUUCCCCGAGGUGGCACGGGAGCUCGCUCACGGGGCCAUCCUCCCACGGGACUACAACUUGACCAAGGCCAUGGAGUCAUCCGACCUCCUCAACUACUUCUACACGGGGACGGCGCAGGUAAACCUGGUUGGGUCCGAGCUGGCCAGGCGCUACGAAAGCCUGCUUCCCCUGCUGAGUGAAACAAAGACGGCCAACGAGAAAUUGCUCAGCCAGAACGAAGCAGCAGUGGCCGAAGCUGAAGGCCUGAAGAAGCAGCUCGCGCAAGUCCACACAAACUUCGAGCUAGAACUGAAAAAGAACGCCGAGCUGACCUCCCAGCUGAAAGAGGAACAGCAGAAGGCAGCUGGGUUGUCUGCGCAAGCGGAGCGGCCAGGGCUGAGGGAAGCCAGGAGGGCGUGCGGACCUUCCUCAGGUCCGAGGAAUUCAGGGGCGACCUGGCCAUCCUGA